UGUACAAAUACCGGAGACUCGUGCGCUCGCCCAGCGAGUGACGUGAGCGCGUCGGGCGGCGAGGGCGUGCGCGCACCCGCUCCUUCCUCUUUCUCGACUCCAUCUUCGCGGACGCCGCCUCGGGUCCGUGGGUCAGACGCCAACAUGCAGCUCUUUGUCCGCGCCCAGGAACUACAUACCCUCGAGGUGACCGGCCAGGAGACGGUCGCCCAGAUCAAGGCUCAUGUGGCCUCGCUGGAGGGCAUCGCCCCGGAAGAUCAAGUCGUGCUCCUGGCAGGCACCCCACUGGAAGAUGAGGCCAUCCUAGCCCACUGUGGGGUGGAGGCCCUGGCCACUCUGGAAGUAGCUGGGCGCAUGCUGGGAGGUAAAGUCCAUGGUUCCCUGGCCCGUGCUGGAAAAGUGAGAGGUCAAACUCCCAAGGUGGCCAAGCAGGAGAAGAAGAAAAAGAAGACAGGCCGGGCCAAGCGGCGGAUGCAGUACAACCGGCGCUUUGUCAAUGUUGUGCCCACCUUUGGCAAGAAGAAGGGCCCCAAUGCUAACUCUUAAGUCCUAUGUAAUAUUGGCUUUUGCUAAUAAAGUCACUUUGCCCAGGCAA